AUGGUGCGCAUAACCGAGGAGCUGGUGCGUCGUAAAUCCGAACACAAUGAGCGACUUAUCAGCACCCUGGAGGAGUUGUCGCUGCAUCAGGAGGAUGUGGAGCGCAUUGAGCACUUGCAGAAUUGGUGUCGGGAUCUGAAGAUAUUGUUGCUGCAAUCGAACCUAAUUCCGCGCCUCGAGAACCUGCACAAGUUGAAGCGUCUUGAGUACUUAAAUGUGGCCGUGAACAACAUAGAACGUAUUGAAAACUUGGAGGCGUUGGAAUCGUUGAAUAAACUGGAUCUGACACUCAACUUCAUUGGUGAGCUGACCAGCGUGGAAUCACUGUGUGGUCUCUAUAACCUUCGGGAGCUGCUCCUCAUUGGCAAUCCCUGCACGGACUAUCCCAAUUAUCGCGACUAUGUGGUGGCCACAUUGCCGCAGCUGCUAUCUCUGGACUCUCAAGAGAUUACGCCGUCGGAGCGCUUGCAGGCUCAGCGUCGAGUGAAGGAGUACCGGGCAGUAAUCGUCCAAAGACAGGCGGACCAAGCCAUCGAGCGGGAUGAGCAGCGCGUGCGCGUCGCCGAGCAACAAAUGGCAUUGGCUGAACAGUGCGCCAGUAUUGAGGAUGAGGAAGAGCGGUCACGUACGUUCUGGAACGCCAAGAGCGAACAUUGUCCGGAGAUCCGCAACGAAAUCGCUCGACAGCACAAACUGGGCCGACAGAAAAAUGAAUCGAAGCCCCCAGAGGCGACCAGCAAGAGGACUCCCAAUCUAUUUGCACCAUGUGGACGACCUUACAAUCUAAAUCAGGCCAAGUUGCCCUUCAAUUUUCAGGACGAGGCUGAUCAAUACACGCUUCAGCUGGAGGUCUACAAAUACUUGGACACGUCUCUUAUCGAUGUGGAUGUGCAAACUAACUAUGUGCGUGUUACGGUCAAAGGUAAAAUCUUUCAGAUAGCUUAUAACGAGGAGGUCAAGCCGGAUGAGAGUAAAGUGACACGUUCCCAGAUCACCGGCCAUUUACUGGUUCAGCUUAAGAAGGUCAAGCCCAACGAACUCUUGAUCUUAAAGAAACCGGCGAAAGCUCAGAAGCCGCCGGUUCCGGGUUCUGUGCCAGCUACGGAGCCAUGUGGCGUUGUGGAUAUAAACAGCAUUUGCGUGCCACCCGAUCUGCCCGAUUUGAUUUAAAUUUUAGAAUCCAGCAUGAUGCAGAGAUGUCUAUAUAUAUGUAUGUUUGUUUUUCUCCUUUUUUUUGUAUAUAAAUGUAGUUACAUUUUAUGCAUGUCUGUAUGUAAUGUGUGUGAAAUAUGGUGAUGUAUGUAACAUAUAUAUAUACAUAUAUGCUAUAUAUAUAUAUAUGUUUAUUUUAAAACCAAACUUCAAAACGAAUAAAACAAAUGAAAUGCAACUAAAACCAAUUUCUGCCAGGGAAUAUGUCAGACAUACAGACCGC